AUGUCACAGACAGCUAUAAUAGAAGAAUUGAAUGAUCCAACCAUUGGUAAUGCCAUUUCUAUAUGGGAAAAAGGUGUGUUUAAGGAGCGCGAUGGCUCAAUGUCAGAUGCUAUCAAAUAUUAUAGGGAAGCAUUAAAAGUAUAUGAUCAAGUGGAAAAGGUGUAUAGAAAGAAGUUACAUGAGGAAUGGUUAUUAUUUAAAAAGUUGGAAAAACUAAAGUUAAGUGAAGACUCUAAGAUUAAUACGGCGGAUGAUUCAACAAAUAAUGAUGAGGAUGAUGAAAGUUUACUGCCAUGUUGGAUAUUUGAAAUGCUUCCAAACGAUAUACUAUUAAGAAUUGUUAGUCACGUUGUGGAAUAUUCUGGUGAAUCAUGGGUUAAUCUUUCUCUUUCAUGUUCUAAGUUCAACGAGCUGUGUUUUCAUAACUCUAUCCCUUAUAAAAUCUUUAAGAAUGUAAUAUAUUCCAAACAGGUAUAUGAUAAUGCACUACAAACAUUGAAUGGUGAAGAUAGCGUAAAGAAUUUAGAAGAGAUAUUUUGGGAUAAAGAUUAUGAAUUAAUGCUUAAACAACGACCCUAUAUUAAAUUCGAAGGUGUCUAUAUUAGUGUUGUAAAUUAUCUGAGAUAUGGUUCGAAUGUUGAUGGUUCUUCAUCAUUAAGAAACCCAGUACAUAUGAUAACGUAUUAUAGAUAUUUUAGAUUUUAUGAGGAUGGUAAGGUAUUGAGACUAUUAACAACAGAUGAACCUACAUUUGUUGUAAAAUAUUUCACCAGGGAAAAUAAUAUUAAAUCAAGUCAUUUAUGUUCAUGGAAAUUAUAUUUCGAUGGUGAAACUAAUUACAUUACCAUAUCCAGAUCUAAUGAUAAGUACGCAUUCAAAGAAAAGUUGACUAUAAAAAAUCAAGGGAAUAAAAGGUUCCAACGAUUGAAAUGGAUGGAAACGACUGUUGAGGAUAAGGAAGGUAACAUUUCUAAAUGUUCUUUGAAAAAUGAAAAACCAUUUUUCUUUUCAAGGGUGAUAUCAUUUGCUCAUCAUGUUUCAGCUAAGUCAUCGACCUCUAAAUAG